UCCUACACGUGGGCAAACAUGGCGGCGCGCAAGGAAAAGCGUGCAAAGCGGGUCCGGGGCAUGGACGGCGUGUCCGUGAGGCAGGAGCUGGACACGAAGCUCAGGGAGGUGCUGCAGAGCCGGGCAAAUGCCAACUCGGUGUUUGAUAUCCUGGAACAUCUGGAGUCUGAAAAUAAAGAUGAUGUUCUUGCUGCCAUCCGGACCUGUUCAAAGCUCUUUGAGUCUUUACUGGAGAAAGGAGAACUUCAUAUUGGGGACCUUCCAGCGGAAGAUGAGAGCUCAUCAGAUUCACUGAGCGCAGAAGAGAAGUACAAAAUAUGGAUUAGGCACCGGUACAACAGCUGCGUGUCCUGUCUGGUGGAGCUUCUGCAUGCUGCUUCUUUCCAGGUUCAGGAACUGGCGUUGUGCAUGCUUAUGAAAUUUGUUCAGCUGGAAGGAAAGUUCCCCUUGGAAAGUGCCAGUUGGAAAGAUAGUUACUGGUUUCCACGUCGUUUGUUGAAGCUUGUUAUAGAUAGAUUGCUCCAAGAAGAGAAGGAUUCUUCUUCUCUAAUAUCUAGGUUCCAAGAAUUCCUGGAAUAUGAUGACGUCCGAUACUACACCAUGUCUGUGAUCAAUGAAAGGAUUGCACAAGUCUCCCAGAACACUAAGGAGCCCUUAAAUUCUACAUUCUUGAACAAUGGCUUUGGUCUCCUGUCAUCCAUUAACAUGCCAGUUGAAAGCAAAUUAUCCAACUUCCUCCUAGCACCAAAAGAAAAAGUAGAGGACUGGAAGCCAGCAAAACUGAAGGAACACAAGAAGGCCUUUGAGAGAGUCUGGAUGGGCUUCCUGAAGCACAAGCUAUCAGUGAGUCUGUACAAGAAGGUGCUUUUAAUCCUCCAUGAGUCCAUAUUGCCUCACAUGAGUAAAGCCGCUUUGAUGAUAGACUUUCUUACGGCGGCUUACGACGUUGGUGGAGCAAUAAGUCUUCUUGCGCUAAAUGGGCUUUUUGUACUGAUUCACCAGCAUAAUUUAGAAUACCCAGAUUUCUAUAAAAAGCUUUAUUCACUUCUGGAUCCUUCAGUGUUUCAUGUGAAAUAUCGAGCCCGCUUCUUUCAUUUGGCCAACUUGUUCUUGUCAUCCACGCAUUUACCUGCUUACCUUGUUGCUGCCUUUGCCAAGCGCCUUUCGCGGCUAUCCAUUACAGCACCCCCACAAGUCCUGGUGAUGAUAAUUCCUUUUAUUUGCAAUCUGAUCCGGAGACAUCCAUCUUGUCGACCCCUUAUACAUCGACCCUCGGCUGAAGGAGGUAUGGCAUCAGAUCCGUUUAUCAUAGAGGAGCAAGAUCCAGCUAAAAGUCGCGCUUUGGAAAGUUCUCUUUGGGAGAUAGAGGCUUUACAGAAUCAUUACUACCCAAACAUUGUGAGAGCUGCCAAUGUAAUUAGCCGGGCCUUGUCCGCACAAGAGAGUGACAUUUCUGAGCUGCUGGAGCUGUCCUCCUAUGAGCUUUUUGAGCAGGAGAUGAAGAAGAAAUUCCAUACCGUGCCUUUGGAGUUUGAACCUGUUCAAGGUCUUCUUGGCAAGAAGCUUGAUAUCACCGCUGACCACUUUUCUUUAUAACUGGAAACCUAUCCGUUUUGUUUAUGUAUUGCAAGA